UAAAUGUUUGUUAAGACUUACAACCUUCGAUUAUUUGUUUUUUUUCCCCGUUUGCGUCAGUUUUGUCGCUUUGUUUAAUCGUCUUCGCGCUGUGUCCGCUCUCUCCCGCGAAUCUCUCCGCCUCUUCCCAUCUAUUUUAUCGAUAUGCCGUUGGAAUCUGCGCCUCACUUCCCCCGUUUUGCGCCCCACAGCCGCAGAGGGAUCCGGCUGCCGCCGACUCAAUGGCCUCACCACUGGGCCUGGGCGCCACGGCGGAGGCAAUGCUGGUCCUCGUCAGGGAAAUAGCCACCAUGGGUGCCGACCUCGCCUCCGCCGCUUCUCCUGGCUCCCUUGGCGCCGACUGCCUCCGACUCUCCCGGAAGAUCUCGCUUCUCUGCCACUUCUUCGAGGAGAUCCGGGACUUUGCCGUCCGAUCCGGCGACGCAGCCCAGCUGCCGCCCGCUUCCUAUGAGGCCUCUUCCUCAGCGCCGCGGCAGCUGGACUCAUUUUCGUGCUUGGCUGAUCUCUUAAUGGCCCUCGAGGCGGCUAAAAGGUGUCUUCUGAUCUGGCAGCGAGCGAAGCAUGACAGUGCCUCCUUUGAUGCGAAAGAAAAUAAUAUCACUAUCCAAUUCCAGUAUGUAACAUGGCAGCUUGAGAAAGUUAUUGGAAACUUAUCGUAUGAAUACUUUCAAAUUUCAGAAGAAGUCCAAGAACAGGUUGAGUUAAUUUGUGUCCAGCUAAGGAGAGCAACUGAGAAAAUAGGAGCUUCAAAUUUAAGAGUAUUUUUGGAGAUUUAUGAUAUGUUAUCACAAACCCAUUGCAAGGAACUCAAACAGAAGAGGACUAGCAGCUUGCCAGUAUUUCAUAUUGAAAAUAUGGUGAAUGGUGAUCAGAAUUUUGAAGAUAUAGCUGAGUUAAUCAAACAACUUAAUGGAAUGCCUAACCAUCAGAUGGACAAAGAACUGCCAAAUAUACCUGACUCUCCAUCAUAUGCUUUUAAUGGUGAUAAUCAAAUCAGCUUAACCUCACUUGACAUAGAGGAAACUAAGAAACCUCAGUCUUUGCUGAUUCCUGAAGAUUUCAGAUGCCCAAUAUCCCUGGAAUUAAUGAAGGAUCCUGUUAUUGUUUCCACAGGACAGACCUAUGAACGGAUCUAUAUCCAAAAAUGGAUUGACUGUGGUCACAAAACAUGUCCAAAGACUCAGCAAAAGCUUCAAAACCUUACAUUAACACCAAACUAUGUUUUGAGAAGUCUAAUUAUGCAGUGGUGUGAAACACACAAGGUUGAGCAGCCAUGCAAAACUGUGAGUGGAUGGAUAAGGAAGAGUGAUGGCACUUUCCAUGAAUUUACAGGGGACAGAGCUGCUAUCGGGCUUCUGGUGCAUAAUCUCUCAAGUAGGACAUUAGAGGAUCAAAAAUCAGCUGCUGCUGAACUAAGAUCCCUUGCAAAAAGGAGUACAGACAACCGAAUUCUAAUAGCAGAAGCAGGAGCUAUUCCAGUGCUUGUUAAACUUUUAUCAGUUAAUGACCAUAAAAUCCAAGAGCAUUCAGUGACGGCGCUACUUAACCUUUCUAUUUAUGAUCACAACAAAGAAUUAAUAGUGAUGGCUGGUGCUAUUGUUCCAAUUUUUCAAGUUCUUAAAUGUGGAAGCAUGGAAGCAAGAGAAAAUGCCGCAGCAGCCAUUUUUAGCUUAUCACUCAUUAAUGAAAACAAAAUUACUAUUGGAAGUAUACCUGGAGCUUUUGAUGCACUGAUUGAGUUGCUCUACAGUGGAAGCAACAGGGGAAAGAAGGAUGCUGCAACAGCUUUGUUUAACUUGUGUAUUUAUCAAGGAAACAAAGCUCGAGCUGUUCGCGCUGGAAUCUUGUCACCCUUGCUUAAGAUGCUCCAGGAUCCAUUGAGCAAUAGCAUGGUAGACGAAGCAUUGACAAUAUUGUCUGUUCUUGUCAGUCAUCAAGAAUGUAAAGUGGCUAUAGCCAAGGCAAACAUUAUUCCUCUUCUCAUUGACCUUAUAAGGACUGGCCUGCCUCGCAACAAGGAGAAUGCAGCAGCUAUAUUACUAGCACUUUGCAAGAAAGAUAAUGAAAAUUUGUCAUAUAUAGGGAGGUUAGGUGCCGUUAUACCUUUGACUGAACUAGCAAAGAAUGGUACUGACCGGGCAAAGCGCAAGGCUACUUCUCUACUGGAGCAUCUUAGUAAGCUGCAGGUGCUUUAGUUGACAUUCCUUUUCUUAAAAUAAUGUAUGCUGGGAUGAUACUGAGUUAUGUGCAAAACUUGUAGAUGUCAAAUUUUAUAUGCAUCACUUGUCAAUUGAUUUAUUCUUUGCAUAGUGUGCAAGAGUUUCUUCAGUAGUGUGAUCAAUCUCCAAAUUAAUGUGUAAAACAGAAAGUUGGUGUGGUUGCUAUCUGUAUUGAUUUUGGAUGCCUCUGUAUAUUCAUUAUCAAUCUUUCACUUUAUUGUA